GUAGGCCCAGCCCUGGGGAGGAGCCUCUGACAGAGAGAGCACUGAGAGGGCGCGCGCGCGGCUCUGAGUGUCCGACCCCCAGUCCUGACCCCCAGUCCCCGACACUGCGCCCUCACACCCGAUCGCCAUGAAGCUGACGGUGGAUUUCGAGGAGUGUCUGAAGGACUCGCCGCGGUUCAGAGCAGCAAUCGAAGAAGUCGAAGGGGAUGUUGCCGAACUAGAAUCAAAGCUUGAGAAGGUUGUGAAGCUGUGCAUUGGAAUGAUCGAUGCGGGCAAGAACUUCUGUAACGCCAACAAGCAGUUUGUCAAUGGUAUUCGGGAGCUUGCUCAGCAGUCCACCAAGGAUGAAGUCAUUGAGAGCCACCUGAUGCGGUUUUCAGAGAGCCUGAGCGAGAUGGUUAACUACCACACAAUUCUGAUUGACCAGGCUCAAAGAUCCAUCAGGACCCAACUUCAAACGUUUGUUAAAGAGGAUCUCAGAAAAUUUAAAGAUGCUAAAAAGCAGUUCGACAAGGUCAGUGAAGAGAACGAGAAUGCCCUGGUCAAAAACGCUCAGGUUCAGCGGAAUAAACAGCAUGAAGUGGAAGAGGCGACAAAUAUCCUCACAGCAACACGCAAGUGCUUUAGACACAUAGCACUGGAUUAUGUUCUGCAGAUCAAUGUCCUUCAGUCCAAGCGAAGAUCUGAGGUUUUGAAGUCAAUGUUGUCCUUUAUGUAUGCUCACCUAGCGUUCUUUCAUCAAGGAUAUGAUCUGUUCAUGGAGCUGGAGCCGUACAUGAAAGAGCUGGGAGCCCAGCUGGAUCAACUGGUUGUGGAUGCAGCUAAAGAGAAGAGGGAUAUGGAGCAAAAACACUCUACGAUUCAACAAAAGGCUGCCCUCCAGGACUUUUCCAAUGAUGAUCCUAAGGUAGAAUAUAACAUUGAUGCUGCAAAUGGCAUUAUCAUGGAAGGGUAUUUAUACAAGCGAGCUAGCAAUGCCUUCAAGACGUGGAACAGGAAAAAGACUGCCCACAUCAGGCGUUGGUUUUCAAUUCAAAACAACCAGCUUGUUUACCAGAAGAAAUUUAAGGACAAUCUCACAGUGGUAGUUGAUGACCUACGCCUUUGCACAGUCAAACCAUGUGAGGAUAUUGAAAGGAGGUUCUGUUUUGAAGUUGUCUCCCCUACAAAGAGCUGCAUGCUGCAGGCAGAUUCCGAAAAAAUCCGACAAGUCUGGAUCAAGGCUGUGCAAGCAAGCAUAGCGACAGCAUAUAAGGAGAAAGGAGAAGAGAACUAUGCAGAUAGAUUAGACAGACGAUCCUCGCCCUCCACCAGCAGCCUGGACUCUGGGAGUGAAUUGAAGGAGCGGCCGUUGAAAGGAGAGAAUGCACUUCAGAGGGUGGAGUGUAUCGCUGGCAAUGGAAACUGCUGUGAUUGUGGCGAGUCAGAUCCACGGUGGGCAAGCAUUAACAUCGGGAUUACACUCUGCAUCGAGUGUUCAGGAAUUCACAGAAGUCUUGGUGUCCAUUUUUCUAAAGUUCGGUCCCUGACACUGGAUUCAUGGGAACCUGAGCUUUUAAAGGUUAUGUGUGAACUGGGAAAUAAUGUUAUCAACAGAAUAUAUGAAGCAGGUGUGGAAGAAUUGCAUCUUAAAAAGCCACAACCUGGAAAUACAAGGGUGGAGAAGGAAACGUGGAUCAAAGCCAAGUAUGUCGACAAGAAGUUUGUACAGAAAGCCGACAAGGUUUAUUCUCCAUCAGAAAGGCGAACAAAGGUAACCUCUCCACCGCACAACCAACAGAAUGAGCUUGGGAUUUCGUGUGAAGUAUCAGCCAAAUCUCUACCAAAACCUGCAAACGCUUCCAAAACUCCAGCUGUGAAAAGUGCUGAUGGUGGUGCCCCUAACAGCUCUGAGAACAAGAGGCAUGCAGUCGUAUCCACCCCUGUAAACAACAGUGCAUCUGAACCAGAAAUGCUGGAAGGGUCCAUUAAAAACGGCACCAAUAAGAACUCGCCCGUCUUAAACAAAGUGGACAUUGCUUCUCCAGGAUUGCAACUGUAUAAAGCAGCUUGCAUCCGAAACCUUCCAGACAUGGCAAAGGCUUUAGCCCGCGGAGCUGACGUGAACUGGGUUAAUGUGGAAGAUUAUAAAGCAACUCCUCUUAUUCAGGCUGUGUUGGGGGGCUCUUUGGUUGCGUGUGAAUUUCUGCUGCAGAACGGGGCAAAUGUGAACAGCCGAGACUCUCACGGUAGAGGGCCGCUACAUCACGCCACCAUCUUGGGACACACUGGGCAAGUGUGUUUAUUUCUGAAGCGAGGAGCCAAUCAGCAAGCAUUAGAUGAAGAAGGAAAAGAUCCACUCACAAUUGCUGUAGAGGCUGCAAAUGCAGAUAUCGUUACAUUGUUACGCCUGGCAAAGAUGAAUGACGAGAUGCGAGAAUGUGAAGGACUUGGACAGUCAGGUGAUGAGACGUACCAGGAUAUUUUCCGUGACUUCUCCCACAUGGCCUCCAAUAACCCCGAAAUAUUGAACCGUUUCCAACGCAGAACUGAGGCCGAUUAAAGCCUUCCCUGCCGUUUCUCACUCAAGAGCUUCAAUCAUUCAUUCUUUCAGUGAUGUGUAUAAUUGCCUCUUUCCCCCACCACUUCUCUUCUCCCCAUCCACCCCUCUCUUCAUCCCCCAGAAUGUAUUGAUUAUCCCUGUUUAAAACCUAAAUAAAAGCUGAAAGUCUUGAUGUUUUAUGGGAAACCAUCGUAAAUGAAGGAACCUUUGGAUAACCUAUCACCGUCAGCACAACCACUUGCAAGUUCUGCUAGGAAGUGUAAUUGAAGUGCAAAUGCCUUACUUUGGCACUUUCUAUAGUGUGUCGUGCUUGGGUUGUGGCUUUUUUUAUGAGGCGAUUUACCUCUGGGAGAUGUGCAGAUACGAACCAGCGUUCAAAUGGAACAGCACGUUUUUAAAACCACUUGCAUAUAGUUUGCUUUUUACGCUCACUUAAAACUGGCAAGACUUGGCAGUGGUUUUACCUGAUAGACUGGAAGGGGAGAGAUGUUGGUAAUAUGCUAUUGGGAGCAAUAGAAUUUAGAACUGUGCCCAUUCCAAGCUUGUGUUUACAUGUAAUGGACAGAAAAAAAAAUAUUUUCUUACCUCUCGAAUGAGAGUUGAUUCCUGUUUCAGGAAAUAGUUAAUCACAUUUCUUUAAAAAGAAAAAAAAUUAUACUUGCUUUUUAAUGGAAAAAAAAUUGGUUUUAAGUUUUUUUAAAAAAAAAUUUUAAAAAUAGUUUUGUCUUGUAUCCAAAAUUUUGGCUAGGAACGUAUAGUGAAUAAUUUGACAAACCAUGUAGAAAAUCUAAUAUCUUAUCCUUUCAUUUAUAUCUGACCAUAAAGUUCAGAGCACCAAAUAAUAAUAAAAAAAACUUAAGAUAGGAAUCGCAAUUUCAGGACGCUCAGUUUAAAAGAAAGUUUUAUUAGACAAAGUAUACCAUUGCAUGCUUAUUACCCUGUUGAAUGACUUAUUUAAUUUACAUAAUAAAUGACCAUAUUGGCAAAUGUACUGCUUGCUUCUAUUUUUGAAGGAAAGUAAAUCGAUAGAAUCUGUAUAGUACAAUCUAUGAAAUGUAGAUUAAAGUGACCUGCCUCACUGCCGUACUUUCAUGUUGUAGGGAAAUGAUUCCCUCAAUGUAUUAAGCACUCUGGGACUCUAUCCUGGGUGAGAAGUGCUAUAUAAAUGCCAGUUGAUGUAUGGAAAUGUAGAUGAAUUAUUAUUAUUUGAUUCUGUUUAGCAAAGUAUAAACAACAUGGAUGGCAUCAGCUUCAUAAAAAGAUGUAUUUGCAGACUCUGCUCGUGCAAUGUAUUCCACUUUUAUGCUUUAAAAAAAGUAGUGAAAACCAGCUUUAUAAAACUUAAAUUAAAGAUUAAGAUGUUUCCCUGGAGAACCAUAAUACUAAUUCUUGCAAGUUACACAAAACAAAAAAAUCUACAUUGUACAAUGUAUAGUUUUUAUUACUUUAAAACCUUGUAUGGUCAGUAAAGCUCUGGGUUGCGUUUUGAUGAGAGCAAUUCUUUUUUGUUCAUUUCUCCAACUGUAAAGAAUUCAUACACUGUUCAGACCCAAGAAUAAAAAUGAUUUGACAACAA